GGCCGGCCCGGGACGGCGCUAAAUUGGCCGGAGAGGCCCCCUCGGCGGCGAAGUUGCUAGCUGGGGGCAGAGACGGCCACGCGGUUGCAGGAGUAAGCGAUCCCCCUGUGGCGAAUUGGCCAACGGCUCCUUUCAACCCUGCCUCGUUGGUGGCCACUGGAGAAGCGCGGGGGGCUCCCCAGGCAGCCGUGGGGACAAGUUAGAGCCAGCACUUGACCCCGGGCCCCGCGUGUAGCUUCCCUCCUCCCUGCCCUAGGUGCCCCGGUGUCCAGAGGGGGGCGGCGCGGGUGCGGGGGUGUGCCCUCCGUACAUGUCCCAGCACCCGGGCAACCCUUGGGGCUUGUGUUCCAUCUCGCUCUCGCUUCCGGCACGGUGGUCGAGGGGAACCACUUGGCAUCAUGUCCCGGUAUAGCUACCAAAGUCUCCUGGACUGGCUCUAUGGGGGCGUGGACCCCAGCUUUGCAGGCAAUGGGGGCCCCGACUGUGCUGCCUUCCUCUCUUGGCAGCAGCGGCUGCUGGAAAGUGUGGUGGUCCUGACCCUGGCCCUGUUGGAGAUCCUGGUGGCCCUGCGGCACAUCCUGAGGCAGACGAAGGAGGACGGUAGGGGUGGCCGUGGCAGCCAGCCAGAUAAGGUGACCCAGCGGCCAGAGGAAGGCAAGGAGAGCCUGAGCAAGAAUCUGCUCUUAGUAGCCCUGUGCCUGACCUUCGGGGUGGAGGUGGGCUUUAAGUUCGCCACCAAGACCGUCAUCUACCUGCUCAACCCUUGUCACCUGGUCACCAUGAUGCAUAUCUUUCUCCUGGCCUGCCCUCCGUGUCCUGGAGCUAUCGUCGUCUUCAAGCUCCAGAUGCACAUGCUGAAUGGAGCACUUCUGGCUCUGGUGUUUCCUGUGGUAAAUACCCGGCUGCUCCCCUUCGAAUUGGAGAUUUACUACAUUCAGCAUGUUAUGCUCUACGUGGUGCCCAUCUACCUGCUUUGGAAAGGAGGUGCUUACACCCCAGAGCCCCUCAGCAGUUUCCGGUGGGCCCUUCUCUCAACUGGCCUCAUGUUCUUUUACCACUUCAGCAUCUUACAGAUCCUGGGCCUGGUCACCGAAGUGAAUUUGAACAACAUGCUGUGUCCGGCCAUCUCAGACCCAUUCUACGGCCCCUGGUAUCGCAUCUGGGCCUCGGGACACCAGACUCUCAUGACCAUGACCCACGGGAAGCUGGUCAUCCUGUUCUCAUACAUGGCUGGGCCCUUGUGUAAAUAUCUGCUGGAUUUGCUCCGGCUUCCAGCCAAGAAAAUAGACUGAAGGUGCUUGUCUUUUUUUUUUUUUUUUCUCCCCGAGGAAGCAAGUCCUGACUUGACUUGGAGAACACCCAGUUCUUGAUGAAAUCAUGGGGAGAGGGCAGUAGGAUGUUUGGUGUAUUUCUUUUUCCCCUCCUCUCUGUCACUUUCUUCCACCACGCUUCCUUCCCCAGCUCUAACCCCCAGGACAUCUCCUAGAGCCUGGGGGUGGGGGAUCGUGCCAAGGGCUGGAUUCUUCCUCCUCCUCCCCUCUGGCUCUUCCUCCCUGCUCCUAGUGGCCUUAUGUAGGCGAUGGUAGUCAGUGGUUUUCACUCUGCUUGUUGGUGCUUUAAUGACAGCUGGUUGAGGGGACGGGGAACAACAAGCAGUAGUUCUCUUGGCACUGAAGUGAUGAGAUUGGGUUGGGUUUCAUUUCUCCACUGCCAGGGACCUCCAGGCUUACUCUGGGGUCCCCAUUUGUCUCCAGCCCAGCCCCCACCAUAAUGGGACCGAGGCCUUGUUUCUACACCAGCGGCAAGCCGAGAGCCAAGGGGUUUCCCAGCUCGUGGCCAAAAUAGAACCUGCCAGAGUCUUCCCACUGGUGUCUCAUGACUCAAAGCAAGCAGCCAACCAGCCACUCCCUCCAAGAUGCUGCCUGUGGUGGGAGGUGGGGGCACUCCUUGGCCCCAAGGCUAGAUUCCAUUGAGGGGAAUGGAGAGCUGUUGGGAUAGCAGAUCCAAAGUGAAUAAGUUGAAAAUAUCCACCACUCUUACUAGGCAGGACCCUGGGUAAAUUCUGCCUGAGGGAGCCAAAAAGUGACCCAUAUCCCUAUCAGAGGUGAACGUUAGAAAUUAAUCAAUGGAAGUGAUAACUUGAGAAAACUGUGAUUUGAAGCAUAUGCUCCAUUUUAGUUGAAUGUUUAAUAGUAGAUGCCAUUUGAAUCUUGAAUACCCCUUAAAUAUUUCUCUCUCUCUGUCUAAAAGGCAGAUUCAGAGAAGGGUGAGCUGGAGUUGGGUUUUUUGCUUUUUGGGUUUUUUUUUUUAAUUUGUUUUCUCCCUUGUUUUUGGAUGUUUUAACUCAGAGAAUCCUUGGGUCAGGAACCCAUCUCCGCAGAGGCUCCUAUCCAUGCAUUCUGUGCUUUCACAGGCGAUGUCAGCAUCCUGGGUUGGGGGAAGAUACAGAUCCUGUUGGUGUUGUUAACCUAGGGCCAUGUAUCAUGAUCGCAGCCAGAUUCCACGCCGAACUGUUUCCCGUGGUGGGGCAUCACGCGCUUCCCCGCCCCCCUGGCCCACCCCCACAGCCCAUGUCUGGGUUGCAAAGGAGGUACCAAGAAAUCAUGAGUGCAGGUUCAAGUGCUUCAAAAGGAAGACCUUUGGCACAAAGACUUGAGCUCAGUCACACAGGCUUCAAGGAGAGAACCAGUGGCUGGGCAUUUGCUGACUCCUUGUGGGUUUUAACU